AUGGAUCGAAAUAACCAUACAUGGAUGCCUGCAUGGGAAAAUUUAACCUUUAUAUGCGAGGGAAAGCAAUUGAAUAACACCUUGCAAUUUAGGGUGGGAGAAAGUCCUGCAAACUGGCCUUUUCAACUCAUGAUACUUCAAAUUGGAUUAGUUAAUAGCUUCAGAUUAAUUUUGGAGUGCGUUCUCAGGCCUUUUGGAAAGCAUACCUUUGUCCCGCAAAUAUUGGGUGCAAUUGCUUUAGGCCCUUCACUUCUCGGGCAGAAUGAUACAUUCUACACACAAGUUUUGUACUCACCAAAGGGUGUACUAAUGAUUAAUAUGUUCAAAGCAAUGGGGUACAUGUUCCUUCUUUUCCUUCUCAGCGUGCGUCUGGAGUUGUCUAUCAUGAAGGAAUGUGGAAAACUAGCAGUUAUUUUAGGUGUAGCAUCCCUUGUGGUUCCAAUGGUAAUCACUAUAACGUUCUCUUUGUUUCUAAGAGACUUCUUUCAAUUCAGUGGUGAACUUUACAAAACUCUACCAUCGGUGGCCGCCCUUGUAUCAACAACUUCCUUUCAUGUCAUCUUAGAGGUCCUCACUGAUCUCAAGCUCCUUAACUCGGAACUAGGUCGCCUAGCUCUCUCUUCUUCAAUGAUCAGCGGAAUAAGCAGUUGGUUAUUUCUAGCAGUAGUGUUUGAUGUGCAAGAACAAUUACUAAUGGGUAUGCCGGAAGGCAUUGUGCUUGGGCAGUUGAGUAAAAUCAUGGUUGUCUUUAUCGUUAUGUUCAUAUUCCGUCCUAUUAUGAUUUGGAUGGUGAGAAAGACGCCUGAUGGGAAGCCUUUGAAGGAGCCAUUCGUAUGUGGCAUUGUUUUGAUGCUUCUUUGUGUUGCAAUGUUUGGGGAGUACAGUGGACAGCAUUUCUAUUUUGCACCUGUAAUCUUGGGCAUGGCCACUCCUAAUGGUCCAACAGUAGUUUCCAGCUUAAUGGAAAAUCUUGAUUGCUUCGUGCAGGCAGUGUUCGUGCCGUGUUUUGUGAUUGAUGCUGGUAGACGUACAAAUAUUAACCUCAUGAAACUUAAAAAUUUUGUCGUCGUUGAGCUGCUGAUGACUGUAUCUACCUUGGCAAAAUUUGUUUCCAUUAUUGUCCCUUCUCUAUAUUUCAAGAUGCCUUUUCUUGAUGCUCUUUCUCUGGGUUUCAUCUUGAAUUGCAAAGGGUUGUUCGAUGUGCAGUUCUUCUCUCGUGGGAAUAAACUGAGACUCAUCUCCAACGACAACUUUGCAGCCCUGGUGAUUGGUUCAGCUUUCCAAUCAGCAAUGUGUACAUGGUUGGUGAAACUUAUCUAUGACCCUUCAAGAAGAUAUUUUGCCUACGCAAGACACACAAUUGAACAUAUUAACCAAGAAGACUCUGAGCUGCGAGUUCUUGCUUGUGUCUACCAACAGGACAAUGUCCCCUCUAUCAUUAGUGUCAUUGAAGACUCCAAUCCUACAAAAGAAGACCCGAUUGAGGUCUAUGUUUUGAACCUUAAGCAGUCAGUUGGAGGCACUGUACCUCUUCUCAUAUCUCACCAAGUGAAGAGCUCUUCGUCCUCUUAUAAACCCAAUGAAGUUGAUCAUGUAAUCAAUGCAUUUUGUCAAAUUGAACGCAGGAACCAAGGACUUUCUAUGGUCCAGUGCUACACAUCAUGUGCACCUUAUCCCACUCUGCACGACGCUGUUUGCUCCAUGGCACAAGAGAAGACUACCUCCUUAAUAAUCCUCCCAGUUACAAACUCAAAUGACCCUUCCACUAGAAUUGUGAAUAGAAAUAUCCUGAAAUAUGCACCAUGUUCCGUUGGGAUCCUUUUUGAUCCUAGGAAAACAGGAAGGUCCAUUCUGCCUCAUCAAGCCAUGAAAAAGGUCUGUGUCAUAUUCUUAGGAGGUUCUGAUGAUCGUGAGACGCUAGCAUAUGGUGCACGCAUGGCUAUGAAUCCCUACAUUGUGCUCGCAUUGAUAAGGCUGGUUGAUGAGAAUCAGAUUAGCGAUGCCGAUCUGAUAGAGAAAAGACACGAUUUAAACAUGAUCACUGAAUUCAAGCAUUUCACGGCUAAUAGUAGCAACAAGGUCCAAUUUAUAGAAUAUGCUACAACAGAAGGAUCCGAAACAGCAAUGCUCCUAAGAUCAAUAUGCAAGAGAUUUGAUCUCAUUUUGGUGGGCAGAAGACAUGAUAAUAGUUCUGCAUUAUUAUCAGGACUCUCAGAAUGGAACGAAAAAGAAGAGUUGGGUGUAAUUGGAGAUAUGUUGGCAUCUUCAGAUUUUGAUUGCAGGGCUCAUGUGCUGGUUAUCCAACAGCAAGCUUCUGUGGUACAAGAAAUGAUUGAGAGCCCAAGACGUUCGUCCUGUAGGAUGAGUAUCAGCGACAGGCCUUCUUUAAGUAUUUCGAGUAUUUAUUGACAAUGAUAGGGAUUGUUCUGAAAGUGAUGUGGGCAAGACAGCAACAUGUGUACAUGAAAAC